UUGGCAUCGGAUAUCGACGUGCUGCUUGAAAUUCCCGGGAAGCUCAUUAACGAAAUAGGCGAUGGAGAAUCCUAUUCUCAAUCGCUCUUGGGCAUUGCUGCAUCCGUGUGUCAAUUGGUGGCAGAUAUUGCUUGGCGAGUGGAGUUGAAUCUUCCUGUUCCAUGUUUGGUGACAGUCACAAGACUCCUGAUGAAAAUUGCUUCUGAUCUCUCUUCCUCCGCUGACGUGGAGGUGAAAAGGACAUUGGCUACAAAGUUCGGACCUGCAGCAAGUUUAAACGCGGAGAGGACCGCGAAGUGCAAAAUAACAUGCGAUGCUCUGAGAGCAUUAGGGCAGGUUAUGCAUGACAAUGCAGGGCAACUACCGCAAUUGGAAGCGACGAGACUUGUGAAGUUCCUGCUGUCGUUUGUUGAGCAGCCAAGGAGCAGGUCUGUUGUAGGAGCGAGUGCAACAAAAGAUGUGGGAGUGAUUCCGAAAGUAUCAGUCCUAUUGCCGUCUUCGGGCAGAAGACAGGGCAUAUCAUGUCCGGAAAAUGCAGAUUGUUAUGCGCAAAAGAACGAGCAGCAGAGUGGUAGUGCAGGGUUCCCAAGCAUCUGCGACAAGGCUCACUGUAUCCAGGGCUCGCAGGGCAGCAUCUUGGGUCCGCAUCCACUCUCCGAGGAAGAGGACUUGGAUAUGCUCAUUCUUGUCUUUGUGGCGUUGGGGAACAUCUUCGCUGCUGCCCGAGGGGGAGUCCUCUUGUCAAAGCCUGAACUGGUGAACGUAUUGAAGCUUCUGCAGCAGAAGGUAGAAGCUAUUUCUUCUGGGAAAGGCUUAUGUGAGGAUUUCUUGUCCUCCAGGUCAGAAAUUAGAAUCUAAUUCUCCUUGCAGACUCCCUGAUUGUUAAGAUGUGUUCUUGUCGAACUCAGGUUACAUAAGUGUACCGUCCAGCAUGGACCCUGGUUGUUAAGAUGUAGUACUUGGAAGUUUCUUCUUUUCUUGGUUUCCUUGGCGAGUAUGAGAACAAACUCUUCCUCCUCCUCCUCCUCCUCCUAACCGCCUUGUAGUGAAAUCUGAGAUAUUUUUUUAAUUGCACAAAAUCGACAUUUGUUUUUCAGGGCUAUUUUGCAUGGAACGGGUAUACUGUCUGCUAGAAAUUGUGCCCUCUUUCUCUCUCUCUCCGGGUAGGGAGAG